AUGCGCAAUCUAAGAAACCUUCGAUUCGGCCGUCUGGCUCAAGCUGAUGUAACCGCCGCAUGCUGGGAUCCUGAUACAGACGAAGUCAUUUGCACUAUUGGUCCAACAGCCCAUAAUCCCACCAUUCAGCUGCUUCGCAUAUCUGAAGGCCGCCAUCUCUCUCAAAGGCCCGUCACAAAUUGGGAUGCUCCGAGCCCAAAUCCUGACCUACCAGUAGACAAAAUCCUUAACAUUCAGUAUCUGAGUGCUACGGCAACAAUAUAUCUAGUUCUGGAGGGCGGCGACAUAAUCACCGUCAAGGAGGAUCAAGUCGGUGGUGAAGAUGCUCACAUUGAAAUUGUUGGUUCCAUCGACGAUGGCAUCUCUGCAGCUAGGUGGUCUCCCGACGAAGAGUUGCUCAUCAUCGUCACCAAGGCCAACAAUGCCAUCUUCAUGGGCAGCUCUCUGGACCCCGUCGCCGAGGUGGCCAUGACGGUCGACGACCUCCGAGCUUCCAAGCAUGUCUCUGUCGGCUGGGGCAAAAAGGAAACGCAGUUUCAAGGGCGAGGCGCCAAGGCGCUCCGCGAUCCCACCAUUCCUGAAAAGGUCGACGAGGGCGUUGCCAGCCAACAUGAAAACAGCGCCGCAACAAUCAGCUGGCGUGGCGACGGCUCCUAUGUUGCCAUCAACUCUGUUCAGCAGGGCUCGCGUCGCGUCAUUCGUGUGUACUCAAGAGAGGGCGAGCUCGACAGUGCGAGCGAGCCUGUGGAUCACCUCGAGAGCAGUCUCAGCUGGAGGCCAUCCGGAAAUUUGAUGGCCGGUAUUCAGCGGUUCCAAGACCGGGUUGAUGUUGUCUUUUUUGAGCGAAAUGGUCUUCGCCACGGCCAGUUUACUCUGCGCUCCUCUCUCGAAGAUGCGACUGCAUGCCCCAGCAUCCAGCUAGAAUGGAACACCGACUCUACCACCUUGGCGAUAGUCCUGAACAAGACAAUACAGCUCUGGACGAUGGGCAACUAUCACUGGUAUCUCAAGCAGGAGAUCCCAAGAGAUGUCGGCGGCGCUCCCACGCUAUCGUGGCAUCCCGAGAGAGCGCUACGACUGGCAUUCUCAACCGGCAAUGGCCUUAUUGUUGCGGAGCAGGUCUUGCAUUCUGCUAGGGGCUCCUGCCAACAGCCCUAUGAUAUUGGUGCCGUUGCCGUCGUGGACGGAUUGAAUGUCAAAUUUACUCCUUUCAGAACUGCUAACGUACCUCCUCCCAUGUCCUUUUGCGAUAUCGAGACCGAAUCGUCAGCCAUUGACAUUGCAUUCGGUCACCGCAACAGCUCUUUUGCCAUUCUUCACCACCAGGGUGUCGAUUUCUACGAUCUUCCCAGCAACAAUGGCAGGACUAGUAGACCAAAGCUGACGAAGAAGCUCCAUUUCACCCUUCCUUCUACUGAAUACUUUUUACCGCUUCGAAUUGUCGCCACAUCUACGGGAUAUCGUCUGUUUGCCUACCAGGGCGAAAGACCUGUCAGUGCCGCCAUCGAUGCAGGUGGCGCAAGCAUAGAGGCUCUCCAGGAUAUUCCUACUCCUCUGUUGAGCACAGCUACCUAUGACGAUGAAUCUACCUUAGAAGGAUACGGCCAAGAUGCCUCUGGAAAGCUGUACCAAAUUUCCGCAUCAGCGAUAAAGCCGCUGGGGAUCCAGUUCCCUUCAAUGCUGUCCUCUUUUGAGAUUUUCCAGCCGAGCGACGACGCUAUCAUUGCAUUUGGUCUCUCAGGAACUGGCCACAUUUACGCAAAUUCAAAACAGUUGGCCAAGAACUGCACCUCGUUUAUUCUCACACCUCACCAUCUUAUCUUUACGACUAGCAACCACUUGGUCAAGUACGUUCAUCUCGUGGAUGAUGUGGAAGAUUUGGAAGUCCCCGGGGAUGAUCCGGAAAAGGACGAACGAUGCAGGAGCAUCGAGCGCGGUUCGCGCCUCGUCACGGCGAUGCCAACAAACAUGAGCAUUGUCCUACAAAUGCCACGAGGCAAUCUGGAAACAAUUUAUCCUCGCGCAAUGGUUCUUGCUGGCAUUCGUCGUCUGAUUGACGCCAAAGAAUAUGGGAAAGCGUUCUCAUACUGCAGAACCCAACGAGUAGACAUGAAUGUGCUUUGCGACUACAAGUUUGACCAGUUUCUGGCCUCCGUUCCCAUUUUUCUGGAUCAGUUGAGCGAAAUCUCCUACAUUGAUCUAUUUCUCUCUUCACUGAAGGAAGAAGAUGUUACGCAAACCAUGUAUCAAGACACAAAGAAAUACAAACCAUCCGCCAACAUGCUGCCCUCAGAACUGCCCAGCUUCGCUACGAAACCUUCAGAGAGCAAGGUCAACACAAUCUGCGACGCUCUCCUCAAGGGCCUGCAACCGCGCAAGUCCAGUCACCUACAAAACAUCAUCACGGCGCACGUCUGCAAGAGCCCACCGGCGCUCGAUGAUGGCCUCACCCUCGUGUACGAACUCAUGCAGGAGGACCCCAAAGUUGCCGAAAAGGCCAUUGAGCACAUUUGCUUCCUCGUCGACGUCAACCGACUCUACGAGCACGCACUCGGUCUGUACAACCUGGAGCUCACCCUUCUCGUCGCCCAGCAGUCGCAGCGGGACCCCCGCGAAUACCUGCCCUUUCUGCAAACUCUCCACGGGUUGUCUCCGCUGCGCCGCCAAUUUGCCAUAGACGACCACCUCGACCGCCGCGCCAAGGCCCUCGCGCAUCUGCACGCGCUCGACGCCUUUGACGAGCUGUGCAGCUACGCCACCAAGCACGCGCUCUACCAGGACGCCUUGCGGCUGUACCGGUACGACGCGCCGCGGUUGCGCACAAUCACGACCCUCUACGCGGCGCACCUCGAGUCCACGUCCGCGUUCCGCGAGGCCGGCCUGGCGCACGAGUCGCUGCAGCAGUACGACCAGGCCGCGCGCUGCUACCGCACGGCCGGCGCCGACUGCUGGCGCGAGUGCCUGUUUUCCGCGCAGCGGCAGACGCCGCCGCUGGACCCCGACACCGCGCGCGAGCUGGCCACGACGCUCGCCGAUGCCCUCUGGGAGGCCAAAGACUUUUCCGCCGCCGCUACGAUCCACGCCGAGUACCUGGGCUCGCUCGAGACAGCCGUCAGCUGCCUCUGCAAAGGCUACCUGUUCGCCGAGGCCAUGCGCCUCGUCGCCCGCCACGACCAGCCCGCCCUGCUCGAGACGGCCGUCGACGCCGGCCUCGCCGAGGCUCUCGGCAGUACCACCGAGUUUCUCGCCGACUGCAAGGCCCAGAUUGGCGCGCAGGUGCCGCGCAUCGCCGAGCUGCGCCGCAAGGCCGCCGAGGACCCGCUAGCGUUUUACGAGGGCGACCGCGCCGGCGGCGGCGACGUCCCCGACGACGUCUCCGUCGCCGCCAGCUCGCGGCUGUCCACCGGCAACAGCCUCUUCACGCGCUACACGGGCAAGUCGGGCAGCGUAGGCACGGCCGGCACGGGCGUCAGCCGCGCCACGAGCAAGAACCGCAAGCGCGAGGAGAAGAAGCGCGCCCGCGGCCGCAAGGGCACCGUCUACGAGGAGGAGUACCUCGUCAACAGCACCCGCCGCCUGGUCGAGCGCGUCGGCGCCGCGCAGGACGAGGUCGAGCGCCUCGUCUUUGCGCUCGUGCGUCGCGGCAUGGCGGAGCGCGCCCGCAACGCAGAGGCCCUUAUGAAGGACGUCCUCGAGGCGGCCGCGGCCGCCGUCGCGCAAGUCUUUCCGAAUGCGGCUGCGGCCGUCGCGCAGGGCGGUGUCGAGGAGGCGCUGGUUGAUGGCGGCGAGUCGUUUCACGCCAAGGGCGGCGACGCGGUCCUCGCCGAGUGGAUGGGAGACCAGUCGAAAAUGGCUGAACCACCGGUGCUGGCCAAAAUGUCCAGGCUCACGCUGUUGGGAUAG